UUUCCAAAGAAAAACAGCAGAGAGAGAGAGAGGAGGACAGGAGGCAGAGCAAUGGCAGUAAAGGAAUGAUGAUGGAAAGUCAUCCUCUUCCUUAGCUGUUCCUUUCUUUUUCUAUACUUUUCUUCUGCUUUCUUCAAUCUUGCCUUUUCGUUGCUGCUCAGUGCCCACAACAAUCUCGUCUCGUGGUAAUUAUCAUACCUCACGUUUUGCGCUCCCACCUCUUCUCUCAUCCAGGACGCUUUUAAAUUCUCUAAUUUUUCUCUGAGACGUCAAGGAUCCCCUUCGUUUUUUCCGAGAUGAUUCAGCUUCUGUUUACGAUCAUAUUCUCCGAGAUGGCUCUGAUUCUUCUCUUCUUGUUCAAAACCCCUCUAAGAAAACUUGUGAUAAUGGGUUUGGAUCGCGUGAAGCGGGGACGGGGCCCUGUGAUGGUUAAGACCGUCGCUGGGACUGUGUUUGUGGUCUUGCUUUCAAGUGUGUACAGUAUGAUGAAGAUCCAGAAACGUUCGAUGGAUGCCGCCGUUGUCGUUAAUCCCACGGAUCAGGUUCUCAUGGCGAAGCACCUUCUUGAAGCGUCUCUCAUGGGAUUCUCUCUUUUCCUUGCACUGAUGAUAGACAGACUACACCAUUAUAUCAGAGAACUCCGCUUGCUAAGAAAGGGCAUGGAAGCCAUAAAGAAACAAAACCGAGGAUUUGAAGAUGGGAAAAAUGGGGUUGCAGAGGAGACCAAAGCUUUAGAAGAAGAGAUGGCCAACUUGAGGGGAAAAGUUAAACAACUGGAAUCUGAAUGCGAGGUACAGACAAAGGAGUUGAAGACAGCAGAAGCCAAUACAGUGGCUCUGAGAAAGCAGUCAGAAGGGAUCCUUCUUGAGUAUGAUCGCUUGAUGGAGGACAACCAAAACCUUCGGAACCAGUUGCAGUCAAUUGACCGUAGGCUGUCACGUUCUGACAGCAAGAAGAACACUUGACGAACCAAAUACCAGGUGUCAAACAAUCCCACCCUUUUGCUUUUUAUUUUUGUCAUUUGAUAUCUGUAUUUGGUCUAUUGAUUAGAGCGACCAUUGUAACCGUGAUGUGAAACCUAAAGGACUGAAAGAGUUGAAAACAGGCAAAUGAUUCUCUACUUUGUAUAAUUGCAGUUUAGGUAAUACAGUGUGCUUUAACAA